GCGCAUGGCGCUGCUGCCCCGGGCGCUGGGCGUGGGCGCGGCCUCGAGCCUGCGGCGGGCAGCGCGUGCGCUCACCUGCGCCAUGGCGAGUCCCGGCGAGCCGCAGCCCCCGGCCACCGCCGCCGCUUCCUACGACUACCUGGUGAUCGGCGGCGGCUCGGGCGGGCUGGCCAGCGCGCGGCGGGCGGCGGAGCUCGGUGCCAAGGCCGCGGUGGUGGAGAGUCACAAGCUGGGUGGCACUUGCGUGAAUGUUGGCUGUGUACCUAAAAAGGUGAUGUGGAACACAGCUGUGCACUCGGAAUUCAUGCACGAUCACGUGGACUACGGCUUUCAGAGCUGUGAGGGUAAAUUCAAUUGGCAUGUCAUCAAGGAGAAGCGGGACGCUUAUGUGAGCCGCCUGAAUACCAUCUAUCAAAACAAUUUAACCAAGUCCCACAUAGAUAUCAUCCACGGCUAUGCAACAUUUGCAGAUGGUCCUCAGCCCACGGUGGAAGUCAACGGGAGAAAGUUUACUGCUCCGCACAUCCUGAUCGCCACAGGCGGUGUGCCCACGGUUCCUCAUGAGAGCGAGAUCCCAGGUGCCAACCUUGGGAUAACAAGUGACGGCUUCUUUCAGCUGGAAGACUUGCCCAGCCGCAGCGUCAUCGUGGGUGCCGGUUACAUUGCCGUGGAGAUUGCGGGCAUCCUCUCGGCCCUGGGCUCUAGGACGUCUCUUAUGAUCCGGCAUGAUAAGGUUCUUAGAAGCUUUGAUUCUCUCAUCAGUUCCAACUGCACCGAGGAGCUGGAGAACGCUGGUGUGGAGGUGUUGAAGUUCUCACAGGUUAAGGAAGUAAAAAAGACACCGUCAGGCUUGGAACUCGAAGUAGUUACUGCUGUUCCUGGUAGGAAACCCACCACGACCAUGAUUCCAGAUGUUGACUGCCUGCUCUGGGCCAUCGGACGGGACCCAAACUCUAAGGGCCUGAAUCUAGAUAAACUGGGCAUUCAGACUGAUGAAAAAGGCCAUAUCCUAGUCGACGAAUUCCAGAAUACCAAUGUCAAAGGCGUCUACGCCGUGGGAGACGUCUGUGGGAAAGCACUCCUCACCCCAGUUGCAAUCGCUGCUGGCCGGAAACUUGCCCAUAGACUUUUUGAAUGCAAACAAGAUUCCAAGUUAGACUACGACAACAUCCCUACCGUGGUCUUCAGCCACCCCCCUAUUGGGACCGUGGGGCUCACUGAAGAUGAAGCCGUUCAUAAGUACGGGAAAGACAAUGUGAAAAUCUACUCUACUGCCUUUACCCCGAUGUAUCAUGCGGUGACCACGAGGAAGACGAGAUGCGUCAUGAAGAUGGUUUGUGCCAACAAAGAGGAAAAGGUGGUUGGCAUCCACAUGCAGGGGAUUGGGUGUGACGAGAUGCUGCAGGGCUUUGCUGUCGCAGUGAAAAUGGGGGCCACCAAGGCCGACUUCGACAACACCGUUGCCAUUCAUCCUACCUCUUCAGAAGAGCUGGUCACCCUGCGCUGAGAGCCCGGGGCUCGUGUGGCUAGCCGUCCGACCAGCAGGCUUCUGGGAGGAACCAAUCAAGUUUACUUCCUGUGCCAGCUUUAUAGAUUCUGUAUUUUAAUCAGGAACUUCUAAUGUUGUACAUUUCCAGUUAAACAAACAAACAAAACAAAACAAAACAAACAAAAAAAAGAACUUAUGUAUCUAAUCAUAAGGUUGUUUUAUUAAUCCAGGGUUGGUUUUCAUUUGAUAAUAUUUACAAUAAUUAAUAUUUUGAUUUUUUUCUUUUUAAUUAACAGCCUUGUGUUUGUUGUGUUUUUCUUGCUUUGGCCCCAUUCUAAGUUUAAAUGUAUAUGAAGUACACUGAAGUUAGUGCACCUGACGGAUGGAUAUAGUGGGCUAAUUUUUUUUUUUUUUUUUUUUUUUUUUUUGAGAUAGUGUCUCUAUGCAGCCCAGGGUGGCCUCAGACAACUCAAAAUUUUCCAGCCAUAGCCUCAUGAGUGCUGGAAUUCUAGGCAUGCAUGGCUUUUCCUGGCCUAGCUUGUUUGUUUUGUAUGAUGGUAAGUCUCCAUCUAUAAAUAUGCAAGUGUACAGAAUAUAUGUGUGGUAUUUUUCUGUAUUGGAAAGCUGCCCCGAGGAUGCUACCUCUCUAUUCUUGUUUUAUUCUUUGCUCUGUUUUAAAUGAUUUUAAAUGGUUCGUGUCAUUUUCAUGAAACGAAGUGUAUUGAAGUUAGACUUGAGGCUGGCUAGGUAAAGGAGAGCCACCCUGGCGAUGACUGUGUCAGGAGAGGAGGCUGGGGCACCCGGGAGCCUUUUCCUCUGAGUAUUCCUGGUUCAGCCGGUCAUUUCAGUAUCUCUGUGUUUUUGUUACUUUUUUUUUUUUUUAAUGAAAACUAUUCCAAAAAUUUGAAAUUCACUGCGUUGUCUUAUAAAAUUUAUUAUGAAAUGUACUGCUAUCAGUU